UGUGGUUCUGCCACUCCAUUAUUAUAUGGACAUAUGGACAGCAAUAACAUCUAUACUCGGGAAAAACAAUUGACCGACCUACAUCAAUCACCAAUGUUUAUUUAGUUUUCGAUCCUAAAAGCCGCGAUGAUCAUUUCAAAAUCUCCUUUUGAUUCAUCAAUCAAAUAUAAGACUCCAUCAGAGUUUCUAUUUUUCUUCCUUCUUUUUUCCUUUGCCAUUUCCCCUCCUUGAUUUUUCUGAUAUCAAACAUGCAAGAGUAUAGAAUUGAAAUACCUUGAUUAGAACCUCCAGAAAAUUACACUGAUUUAGUUUAUAUGAAGAUGAAAAGAGAUGAAUUUGAUGCUAAUUGUGAUGUUAAAACUAGGGUUUAUUGAUGGUACUAGUAGCAGUAGUUUAUUGGGUCUUCGUCAAAGACUCCGCAUUUCUUUGGAAUAAACAUUUCUGCUAGUAAUGCAAAUUCUUAUCGUUUGAUAUAAUGAAUUUUUUUUACUCUUUAUUGUCCAUCCAUUGUGCUUGCAGCAAUUUUUGCAAUCAUGAGGUUUCUGAUUGAUUAGUAAAAUCUGUGAUUCUUUAUUCAUUCACUGAAUUUGAAGUUGCAGGAACAGCUUUCAGUCUCCUCAAGUUGUUACUGGGAUUUUUUAUUCCAAAUGGAAAGUGUUCAAAAUCAACAUGCAGUUAACGAAGAUGACGUCCCCUGGACUUCCAGAUAUAUAUGGAGGAUCGAAAAUGUUUCCAAACUGAACGAGGAUGAUCAUUUCUCUCCUAUUUUCAGUAUAGGUCCUGAUAAAUGGCGAUUGCUGGCAUUUCGUAGGGGAUGCGAGGUCAAUGGUUACUUAUCAGUCUACGUGGUUGCAAUUGAAUAUACAGAAGACCAGAUUUUCGGGUUCACCGAGGAUGAAAGUGAUUGGGGUUUUGAUGACUUCAUACAGUUAAAGGAACUUAAAGAUCCUAGAAAUGGGUAUACCGUGAAUGAUGCUUGCAUCAUUGAAUGUUCAAUUUCAGCACAUGACUCUAUUGAGGAGGUGGUACCGGAAUCCAUUGAGAGGGAUUCAGCUUUUAUCUGUGCAUUUUGCCAAACCUCUAAAGUAUCAACGAAUUCUGGAUCCAUUUUGCAUUUUGCCAAUAGAAAAGAAGUAGAAGAGGAUGAGGCAUCUGGACCAAAUGUGGUACAUGUUCACCAAAAAUGCAUAGAGUUGGCGCCUAGAGUUUAUUAUGCUGGUGAGAUUGUUAUGAACUUGGAGAAGGAACUGGCUAGGAGUUCUAAGCUUAAAUGUAGCUGCUGCGGGUUAAAGGGUGCAGCUCUUGGAUGCUUUAAACGCUCCUGCAAGAAUACAUAUCACGCUCCUUGUGCAUUGGGUACUUCUGAUUGCCGGUGGGAUGAUGAAGGUCAUCGGAUGUUAUGUCCAACCCAUUCUGGUAUGAAGUUUUCACAUGAGAAAACCAAGGAGAAGAAGCUAGUGAAGGACAAUUCUUCAGCUGUUCAAAGGUUGAGUAUGCUGAAGAAAGAAAAGGUGAUAGCGAAGAAGAAAGAAAAGUCGUCAUAGUCGGAUGGGGUGAAGGUGCAGAUGAUUGAGAGACGGUUGAUAUUGCUAGUAAUGGUGACGAACAAUGGAGGGAGAGAAGCUAGCGAAGGACAAGUUUAGUGAUUCCAAAGCACUACCUUUACUACUUUCUUGGACCUGUGUCUGGACAUCUGAAUCUUCAUUUUUUUUUUUUUGAAGCAUGGGUUGAAAUUAGUUGUUUGUUCAUCUGAAAAUUAAAUGGGAAAAAAAUGGACUGAAUUGGUUAAGAGGUGUUCGUUUUCUUAAACACCAUGAUCACA